UGUUGAUUUUGGCGGAUAAAUGGAAGUAUUGUGUGAUAAGAAUUUUUAGCAAUUUAUAAUGAACCUCGAUGAUACAGAUUGUAAUUCUAUAUAAAUUUAUAUAUAGUUAAAACUCCAUAAAAAUAACAAUUGUCCAAAUCACCUAUUACAUGCAAUAAACAAAGUUCACCCAAGAAACUGAAGGAAGAAUUCAAAAAAUUUAAGAUCAUCAGGAAAUUAGAAUUCAAUGAUGACUAGAUAGUAAUAAGAUAAGAUGGAAUAUUUGGAAGAAGCAAACGUAACAUUCCCAAAGAAAACAAAGGUAAUAAUAAACUAAAAAUUUAGUUAACUCAUCCUAUACUUUGGGUCUAUUAAAUUCCAUCGAACUAAACCAAAAUAAUGUUAUCGUUAACAAGUUAGCCAAACCUAGCGAUGAUGAUUUAUUCAAUCUCUCCAGAGACGACAAUAUAGUCUGCAAAUGCAGAAAAUCAAAAUGCAUCAAAAACUAUUGUGUUUGUAGUGCCAACAAUCAAGAAUGUACAUUCAAAUGCGAAUGUUAUAAUUGCUCUAACAAACAGCCAAAAUCAGCUGCCUCAAAAUAAUCUGGUUCCGAAUAUUUUGGAUGCAAUUGCAGAAGAUAAGAGUAUCAAUUCUUAAUUAAUUCCUAGUUGCUCUAAAGGCUAUUGUGAAUGCCAAAAAAGAAAAACCAAAUGCACAGCCAGAUGCAGUUGUUGUGAUGAAUGCAAAAAUUGUGAUUUACAACCCUUACCCUUUCGUUUAGAUGGUUUAUUCUGA